AUGAGGCUGACCACGGCGGCGCUUGCUGCUAGCUUUCUACCGUGGACUACGACAGCGACCCACCUUGACAGCCGCGACGUCUCGUUCAACAGCUCGACACUCGCCACACUGCCAACUUGCCUUUUGACAUGCGCCUCUACUGUCUUGCCGAAAUUCGAUUGCCACCCGGGAGGUUCGUGCUACUGCGAUGUCGGAGGUCCACUGAAAGAUGCGCUGGCGACCUGCGUAGCGGCUUCGUGUACGAGUGUGGAGGAUCAGUUGGUGGGGAUCAGGUUGCAGGCUGAGGUCUGUGGAUACCCGAAGCACGACGAUGCGCCGUCGACGGAGACGGUGGCGUAUAUUCUGUUUGGUGUUGCGACGGUUUUCCUUAUGGCGAGGUUUGUGUCGAGGUGGCCUGGGUUCAAAGGGGCGGGAUAUGGGUGGGAUGAUUGGAUUCUGCUGGUGGCUUAUCCUGUGGCUAUUGGCAUGACGGUUACUGCGCAUUAUGCUGUGUUCUAUGGGUCGGGCAAGGAUAUGUACUUCCUGACGGCCAAUGAAGUCAUACACUUCUUCACGUGGAUGUUCGUCGGAGAACCUCUGUACAUCGUCGUCACUUGCCUCACGCAGCUAUCCUUGGUCUUCCUCUAUCUCCGGGUGUGGCCUUUGCAGAGCGUCGACGACAACUCGAAGUUCCGGAUGGCAUGCAAGAUUGUUGCCUGGGUUUUGGUCGCGACCAUGCUGGCCUUUACCAUAUCUUCCAUCUUCGGCUGUCGACCAGUGGAAGCUGGCUGGAAUUUGCAGCUGGGUCGGAAGGCGGUUUGCAUCAACAGGACUGCCUCUGGAUAUUCCUUGGCCGCUAUCACGAUCGUAAUCCAUAUCAUUGUGCUGCUUCUGCCUGUACCAAGACUGGUCAAGCUCAAGAUUCCAUUGGGUGAGAAGAUUGGCGUCCUCGUCACAUUCCUGCUCGGCUUUGUGGUCACGAUAUGCAGCGUCGUGCGUAUGUUCUACAUCUACAAGACAGCCAAUGUCGUCAACAUCACCUACAACUUCUCCUUUGUCGGGCUAUGGAGUCUAAUAGAGGUCUAUUGCACCAUCAUCUGUUGCUGCAUUCCAGCCACAGCAGGUCUCUUCCGAAAGCUUCUGGGUAACGAAAGCUUCAAGGGUCUGUGGACGAGGAGUUUCACAUCCAUGUCGAGGUCCAGGACCACGCAGACACCCAUCGACCGCGAAAUGGACACGAUGCACCGGAGCUACCUUACAUCACCCACAUACGAGAUGGACGGUGGAUACCAUGCCGAGGCCAAGGUGUACAAGAGCAGUCCUCAGGUCGAGUCCGUGGAGAGUGUCGCCACCGAGGCUGAGCUCUACGAUAGAAUUGAGCAGGCCGCAACCUCGAAGGACCAUACAUUCGACUUCGGCUUCUACACUGGGCCUAACCACGAAAAUCAAGCCGCAGGUACUCGAGAUGCUGACUUCUGGUACAAGACGAGGCGCAGUACUCCUGCUUCGAGUCCCUUGAGUUCGGACGCCACUACUAAGCGCAAGAGUACGCCUGAGCAGACCAGUCCAACGCCAGAGUUCUGGUUUUACGAUCGGCCAAGGAAAGGCAGUGGAGACGACACGGCUGUCACGCCGACUAUGCCGACACGACCCAUUCCAGCGAGGUUCUCGAGUCUCCAAGGUCUUGGGUCUAGCGAGAAAGAGAUGGGCCAUGAUUGA